AUGUCGUCUGUUCUGUCCGUGACACUUUGUCAGAUGGCUGUCACACGCGAAAAGGCAGCCAACAUCAGAAAGGCUGUCGCGAUGAUAGUUGAAGCUGCGAAGCGGGGCAGCAAGCUGGCUGUUUUGCCUGAGUGCUUCAACUGUCCGUAUGGCACAAAGUAUUUCGAUAGGUACUCUGAAGCUCUUGCGCCAGGCAAUGAGACAUUUGACGCGAUGUCGCACUGUGCCAAAGUGAACAGCAUCUGGAUCAUUGCCGGUAGUAUCCCGGAAAAAUCAGCUGAUGGACGACUAUUUAAUUCCAGCAUGACGUUUGGACCGGAUGGUGCGCUGAAACACGUGCACCGCAAGGUGCAUCUAUUCCGCAUCAACACAGAGGCUGUUCGUUUCGACGAGGGCGAGGUGCUUAGUGCUGGAAAUGAUGCGACCGCCAUCUCACUGGACGAGCACACUAAGUUCGGCGUUGGUAUUUGCUUCGACAUCCGAUAUCCCUUCCUGGCGUGGAGGUACGCCGAACAAGGAACCUCCUUCAUUGUGUACCCAGGUGCCUUCAACAUGGUAACCGGCCCGGCGCACUGGGAGCUGACAGGGCGUGCUCGCGCUGUCGACAAUCAGCAAUAUGUUUUCUUAUGUUCCCCUGCCCGCGAUACCUCCGCGGAGUACGUGGCAUGGGGUCACUCCAUGGUGAUAGAUCCCCUUGGCAAUGUCCUCUGUGAGCUGGAUGAAAAGGAGGGGUUCGUUGAUUACAAGGUGGACCUGAGCGCCAUUUCAGAGACUCGCAGCCGAAUUCCCAUUCUGAAAGGCGUGCGUAACGACCUCUAUACGCUACAUUGGAAGCAGUAA